ACGUGGAUCACGUGCCCAAACAGUGUGUGAGGAACCAGGAGUGAGAAGCUCGGGCUCUCGGCGCAGACAUGGCCGAUGUCUCCAAGAAAGUAUCCUGGUCCGGCCGGGAGGAGGACGGGGAGAGCACCCCGCUGCUCAACGGCACCGGCACCGCGGGAGCGCAGCCUGCCAGACAGUACUCCAGCCUCGUGCGGAUCGGACAGCUCAGCACGGUGGAUCUUGAAGACGAGAACCAAGAAUUGGAAACAGAACUUUCCACAAACAUCGUGAAAGAAGUCACGCACAGCGAGAACCUCCUGUCACUCAAAUAUGAGAGCCUGGAUUAUGACAAUAGCGAAAACCAGUUGUUUAUGGAAGAAGAACGAAGGAUAAACCAUGCUGCUUUUCGCACCGUGGAGGUGAAGCGCUGGGUGAUCUGCGGCAUGAUCGGGAUAUUGACCGGACUCAUCGCCUGCUUCAUCGACAUCAUGGUGGAGAAACUGGCCGGCCUCAAAUACCAAGUCAUUAAAGACAAUAUUGACAAAUUCACAGAGAAAGGGGGUCUCUCGUUCUCGCUGCUGCUGUGGGCGACGCUCAAUGCAGGGUUCAUCCUGAUUGGCUCGCUGCUGGUCGCGUACGUGGAACCGGUGGCGGCCGGCAGCGGAAUCCCGCAAAUUAAAUGCUUUCUAAAUGGAGUCAAAAUUCCCCACGUAGUGAGACUCAAGACCCUGAUGGUGAAGGUCGCCGGGGUUAUACUGUCGGUUGCCGGGGGGCUUGCCGUUGGAAAGGAAGGUCCGAUGAUUCACUCCGGGGCGGUCAUCGCAGCCGGCAUUUCUCAGGGGCGGUCGACCUCUCUCAAGAGAGACUUCAAGAUCUUUGAAUAUUUCCGCAGAGACACAGAAAAGCGAGACUUCGUGUCGGCGGGGGCCGCGGCCGGCGUGUCGGCGGCCUUCGGUGCUCCGGUUGGUGGCGUGCUCUUCAGCUUGGAGGAGGGCGCCUCGUUCUGGAACCAGCUGCUGACAUGGAGGAUAUUCUUCGCUUCUAUGAUCUCGACCUUCACGUUGAACUUCGUCCUGAGUAUUUACAACCGGAAGCCGGGAGACCUUUCUAACCCGGGUCUCAUCAACUUCGGGAGGUUUGACACGGAUGAGAAUAGCUACAAAUACUUUGAACUCCCGAUAUUCAUCUGCAUGGGGGCAAUAGGCGGGAUGCUGGGGGCUUUAUUCAACGCCCUGAACAAUUGGCUGACUAUGUUCCGGAUACGAUAUCUCCACCGCCGUUACCUGCAGGUGAUGGAAGCCAUGUUGGUGGCCGCUGUUACCGCCACCGUUGCAUUUGUCCUGAUUUACUAUUCUGCUGACUGCCAGUCGCUGCGCGAGGGGGCCGUGGAGUACCCGCUGCAGCUGUUCUGUUCCGAUGGGGAGUAUAACGCGAUGGCGUCUGCGUUUUUCAACACCCCGGAGAGAAGCGUGCGCAGCCUCUUCCACGAUCCUCCAGGGACCUUCAAACCGCAGACCCUGGGUUCCUUCACGCUCCUGUAUUUCUUCCUGGCCUGCUGGACGUACGGAUUAACCGUGUCUGCCGGGGUCUUCAUCCCGUCCCUGCUGCUGGGAGCCGCCUGGGGACGGCUUUUCGGGAUCUUCCUCACGUAUAUUCCUAACUCCGUGUGGGCCGAUCCUGGGAAGUAUGCGCUCAUGGGGGCCGCAGCGCAGCUUGGUGGAAUAGUAAGAAUGACACUGAGCCUCACGGUCAUCAUGGUGGAAGCCACUGGAAACGUCACCUACGGCUUCCCAAUCAUGCUGGUCCUGAUCACCGCUAAGAUCGUGGGAGACUUCUUUAUCGAGGGUCUCUAUGAUCUUCACAUAAAGCUCCAAAGUGUCCCGUUCUUACACUGGGAGCCCCCGGUCACGUCGCACUCGCUCACUGCCAGGGAGGUGAUGAGCUCUCCUGUCACCUGCCUGAAACGGCGAGAGAAAGUUGGCAUCGUCGUAGACCUUUUGAGCAACGCGACGUCCAACCAUAAUGGCUUUCCUGUGGUUGAAAAUAAUGGGGAAGCUGGGCAGCCGCACCGGCUCUGCGGGUUAAUCCUCCGAUCCCAGCUGAUCGUUCUCCUCAAACACAAGGUGUUCGUCGAGAGGGAAAAUCUCAGCGUAAUACAGGGGCGUCUGACGCUGAAAGAUUUCCGGGACGCCUACCCCCGCUUCCCUCCCAUCCAGUCCAUCCACGUGUCGCAGGACGAGCGCGAGUGUCUGAUGGAUCUGACGGAGUUCAUGAACCCGACGCCGUACACGGUCCCGCAGGAAGCGUCUCUGCCGAGAGUCUUCCGAUUAUUCCGUGCCCUCGGCCUGAGGCACUUGGUCGUGGUGGACAAUCGCAACAGAGUGGUUGGCUUGGUGACGAGGAAGGACCUCGCUCGCUACCGGAUAGGAAAGAACGGCUUAGAGGAGUUAUCUCUGGCGCAGACGUGAACGUAUCGGGAUGAUUUCACCCCCUCUUCUUGGAAUGGACCCUGUUCUAGGAUUGCACUGCCAUUUUUAUGGCCCCCCCCACACACUAAGGUCUGCGCGAAGCUUCACUCCAUUGGGCCGAGGUGUUGCAGGAGUUUUGACUUCUAGAGCCGUUUGUUCCUUGCACGUCUGCCAUCGAAGGGGUUAAUGAUUACGGUACUUGAAUCCGGUUCUGGCUGCUACGACGCUCCUCUCGUUAUAAACGAUUAUAGACUUUCUUGUAGUUUCCGAGUUCCCUCCUUCGAGUGACCGAUAACCUGCUGGAUCCCAAAUUUUAUAAAAAAAAAAAAAUUCCAUAUCUUAUUCAUAUACAUUAGUCAGAAAGUGGAGUUUCUGUUAACUUUUUUUUGCUUUUUUUCUUGUGUGAAUUUUAGAAAGAAGUAUAAAUACAUAAGAUAGCUGUAACAGACUAUUGGGGGUCCACACGCUUUGUUUACUGUUCUUUCUUUUGCUCUUUGAAUCAAAUUUACUAAAUUAUUCCAAUUUAGUUGUUUUUAAUUGGCAGGUGGCACAGAAGCUACUCUGGAAUACCCAAUCACAGCGUAACUCUGUUAUUAGGAUACACCACUCACAUGCGCGAGCUAAUAGAACACCUGGGGAACAAAGUGUUAAAAUAGAGCCGGCA